UGGCUUUGUGGCGUCAUAAUGACCCAUUGUCCCAGGGAUUCGAGAGAGCGGAACGUUAUUACAAGGAACGUUCGAUCAGCGCGUGUGGUCCUUCCGGGUCACUGUUGUGGCUGGGAGACUGGUCUUCAAGUGCGAAUAUUAACUUUGGGAGGGAAAGGCAAAUAAAUCAGCGUUUAGAUUGCGAAGCAUUGUACUUUUGUAGAGUGCGGUACUUCGUCUGGAAGAAGGUGACGUUUACGCGGAGUUACAUUUGAACAAACUGUGUUGAGCAUCUGCAGCAGCAAUCUUGCCAGUACAGUAACGCGUGAAAGAAAGCAGGCCUCUCGUGUUAUUUUGAAUCUUUCGGAUUGCCGGACAGAUGAGAAUGUAGUAUAUCGUAAUAGUUCGCACUGCACCUUUUUAAGAAUUGUCUCUACCUUUUCCUGGUGUCGAGUGCAAAUGGCGAUGUUCUGCAUCCACAAAUGUCUGAAAUGUGGUCUAAGGAAUCAAAUGCUGCAACAGAGAAGUCUAUCUGUGUACACGUCUGUUUAUAGAGUGAAUGAAGAUGACAUAAAGGAAAAACUUCAGCAACUUCCUGGUGGAUCCAUUGAUUUGCAGAAAGAUCAAAAUGGAAUUGCUACCCUGAUUAUUAACAACCCUGAACGAAAAAAUGCAUUUUCUGGAACAAUGAUGUUAGAUUUCCGGGAUAGGGUAGAGGAGCUGGAGCACUGGACUAAUGGAAAAGGUCUUAUCGUGAGAGGUGCAGAGAACACAUUCUGUUCUGGAUCUGAUCUAAGUGCAGUUAAAGCGAUGUCAAACCCUGAGGAUGGGUUGAGCAUUUGCAUGUUUAUGCAGAACACCUUGACAAGACUUCUCAGACUACCUCUGAUCAGUGUAGCUUUAGUCCAGGGGAAGGCACUAGGAGGAGGAGCAGAAGUUACAACAGCCUGUGAUUUCCGGCUUAUGACUUCAGGAAGUGAGAUUCGCUUUGUUCACAAACUCAUGGGAUUGGUACCAGGGUGGGGCGGAGCAACCAGACUGAUUAAAUUGAUUGGCUAUCGAAAUGCUGUUAAACUACUGAGCAGUGCCCAACAGGUGGACCCUGCAACUGGUCUCAAGAUUGGUCUUGCUGAUGAAAUUUUAACAUCCACUGAGGGUAGCUGCCUUGAAGAGGCAGAAAACUGGCUGAAUCAAUACACAAAUGGAUCUUCACAAGUCAUUAGAGCCAUUAAGAAUGUUGUGGUUUCAGGGAGAGAACUGUCACAAGAAGAAUCACUAAAGAAUGAAAAGAGUAUAUUUGGUACUCUGUGGGGCUCUCCUGCCAAUCUGAAAGCGUUGGCUCAAAAUAUCAAACAUAAUUAGUGUCAAUCUAAUAUAACAGUCCAGAUUAGCCUCUACUGUGGCUUCAAAUGCCAGUUGAAGUGUAAAAAUUGUGUGGAAGGUCGUACUUUUUCUAUGAACAAGAGCUGAAGACAAUAUUCCACCUAGGAUGAAACAGUGUUUUUUAAAUGUAUGGUAAAUGUAACAGUCAAAAUAUGCCUUAAGUUAUGCAUACAGUUCAAAAAUUACUUUAGGCUGUAAAGUACUACGGUGUCCUCAGGAUGUACAAAACACUGCAAACUGUUUUUGUUUCUUUCAGACAAGUCUAGUAACCAUGAAGCCUACUGUAUAAAUGUAUUUCUUACAUUUAAAUUCUUAUCCUCUCAUUAAUUUAACUUUGUCAGUACAGCUCAUUUCCACAGCAAUAAAUCAGUACUGGUAACAGG